AUGUUGAAAUUAGGACUUUUGGCGGUACUACUUUUCUGUAGUGCUAUGGCAGAAAAGUGUGAAGAUAACAAUCAGGAACAGUGUCCAGCUACAACUUCAGCACCCUUGGAUCAGGACAAAGACUGGAGCAAAGCCUCUACAGUUUAUGAUUUCCAUGCUCGAGAUAUUCAUGGCAAUGAUGUGUCCUUAGACAAAUAUCGUGGUCAUGUUUGUAUAAUUGUUAAUGUAGCCAGCCAAUGUGGCUUAACAGACACAAAUUACAAAGAGCUGGUACAGUUGUAUGAAAAGUACAGCGAGAAGGAAGGCUUGAAGAUCCUUGCCUUCCCAUCUAAUCAGUUUGGUAGCCAAGAACCAGGAAGCUCAGAGCAGAUCUUAGAUUUUAUUCAGAAAUACAAUGUUACUUUUGAUGUUUUUGAGAAGAUUGAUGUUAAUGGAGAUAAUGCUCAUCCCUUAUGGAAAUGGCUGAAGACACAGGCCAGUGGAUUUAUGACAGACAACAUCAAAUGGAACUUCACCAAAUUUAUCAUAAACAAAGAAGGAAAAGUUGUAUCUAGAUUCGCGCCGACGACCGAUCCCCUGCAAAUGGAAUCCGAAUUGAAGAAAUAUUUUUAA